AUGGUGAUGAUGGUGAUGAUAAUGGUGGUGUUGGUGAUGAUCGUGGUGAUGGUGUUGAUUAUGGUGAUGGUGAUGAUGACUGAUGAUGAUGGCAGUGAUCAUGAUGAUGGUCUUCUUGUCGAGUGCACUCCAUGGAAGCCACUCACCUUCCGUUUGGACUCCUGUUUGCUCUCGGGUUUGCAGAGUGUGCUGACCUGCGUGUUUUCCCCGACAGAUGGCUGCGACCAGCCGCUGGCGUCCGCGCUGCCGGCCUCCUCCUUCAGCGGUUCCUCUGAGCUGUCCAGCAGCCACAGCCCCGGGUUUGCGAGACUGAACCGCAGAGAUGGAGCUGGCGGCUGGACACCCCGUGUGUCAAACAGAAGCCAGUGGCUGCAGAUCGACCUUGGGGACAGGGUGGCGGUCACCGCAGUGGCCACACAGGGCGGGUACGGGAGCUCCGCCUGGGUCACCAGCUACCUCCUGAUGUUCAGUGACAGCGGCAGGAACUGGAAGCUGUACCGGCGCGAGGAGAGCAUUGCGGGCUUCCCAGGGAACACCAACGCGGACAGCGUGGUGCGCCACCGGCUGCGGCCGCCCGUGGAGGCCAGGCACCUGCGCUUCCUGCCCUCCGCCUGGAACCCCAACGGCCGCAUUGGGAUGCGCGUGGAGGUGUACGGAUGCCGGUUCCGAUCAGACGUGAUGGACUUUGAUGGAAAAAGUUCUCUGCUUUACAGAUUUGUCCAAAGUACCAGGAAUCCAAUGAAAGACAUCAUUUCUUUGAAAUUUAAAACAAGGCAGAGUGAUGGGCUUCUGUUGCACAGACGGGGCAGAAAUGGAGUCUCCUUCACCCUGGAAUUAGUGAAAGGGAGGCUCCUUCUGAUCAUCAAUUCAGGCACUGCUUCACCCUCGCCAUCUGGCCCUGGGAGCGUGGUGCUGGGCAGUCUGUUGGAUGACCAGCACUGGCACUCGGUGCUCCUUGAGCAUGCCCGCCAGCACAUGACCCUCUCCGUGGACCGGCACUCCAGGCAGUUCCAGGCACAGGGACAGCUGAGUCACGCAGACCUGGAUUCUGAGAUCAGCUUCGGUGGGAUUUUAGCACCUGGAAAAUCUGUGACAUUUCAAAGAAAACACUUUGACGGAUGUUUAGAAAAUAUUAAUUUUAAUGGAGAGGAUAUCAUUGAUUUGGCCAAGAAGCACAGACCCCAGAUUCUCAUCAGGGGCAACGCCUCCUUCUCCUGCUCUCAGCCACAGUCCGUGCCGGUCACGUUUCCGAGCGCUGGGAGCCGCUUGGUGCUGCCAGGCACCCCGGCACAGGAUGGGGUCUCCAUCAGCUUCCAAUUCCGGACAUGGAACGAGGCAGGGCUCCUGCUGUCCCUCCGGCCCUCUCAUGGCUCCACGGCCUUUGUCCUCACACUCAGGGAUGGAGCCCUCAGACUGGGCCUGUCCCCGUCUCCAGGACACAAGAGGAGUGACGUCAUGGCAGGUGCGGGACUGAAUGACGGGCAGUGGCAUUCGGUCUCCCUCACAGCCCGGAGGAACCAGCUGAGUGUGGUGGUGGACCAGGUUGGGGUUUCGGCGAUUCACACAGUGUUGCCUCUAGAGACCCACACAGAUGGUUCCUAUCACUUUGGAGGGUGCCUUCCUUCCGGCUCCGGGUCCGAGUGUGAGGCCUCGCUGGCCGGAUUCCAGGGCUGUCUGAGGCUCAUCUCCAUUAACGCCCAGGAGGUGGACCUGAUCUCCGUGCAGCGGGGGGCGCUGGGGAACUUCAGCAGCCUGGACAUCGACUCCUGCGGCAUCCGAGACAGGUGUUUGCCCAACCGCUGUGAGCAUGGCAGCAGAUGCUCCCAGACCUGGACGGCCUUCCACUGCAACUGCUCCGGCACGGGCUACACGGGCGCCACAUGCCGCCAGCCCCUCUACGAGCAGUCCUGCGAGGCCUACAAGCACAGGGGCGAGUCCUUGGGGAGAUACUACGUGGACCCGGAUGGCAGUGGACCCCUGCAGCCCUUCGCCGUGUUCUGCAACAUGACAGAGGACGUCCCGUGGACCGUCGUGCAGCACAACAGCUCAGCCCUCACCAGGGUCAAGGGCGCAGACCAGAACAACCCCCACUGGGCAGUGUUCCAGUACGAGGCCAGCCUGGAGCAGCUGCGGGCCGUCAUCGCCCGUGCCAGGCACUGCCAGCAGAUGCUGGAGUUCCAUUGCAGGAGGUCUCGGCUCCGGGACCCACAAGAUGGAACGCCUCUGAGUUGGUGGGUUGGAAGCACCCAUGGGACACGCACUUACUGGGCGGGCUCCAUGCCUGAGGCCCAGACGUGUGCUUGUGGACUAGCGGGGAACUGCGUUGACUCCCAGCAUCGCUGCAACUGCGACGCAGACCAGGACGAAUGGACCAACGAUACAGGUGUGCUGUCCUACAAGGAGCACCUGCCCGUGACACGCAUCGUGGUGGCCGAUGCAGCCCGCCCAAGCUCUGCUGCAGCCUACAGACUGGGGCCUCUGCUGUGCCAGGGGGACCAAUCCUUCUGGAACUCGGCUUCCUUCCACACAGAAACCUCAUACCUUCACUUCCCCACUCUACACGCAGAGCUCAGCGCCGACGUGUCCUUCUUUUUCAAGACGAGAGCUUCAUCUGGGGUGUUCUUAGAGAACCUGGGGAUCACAGACUUCAUCAGCCUGGAGCUACGCUCCCCAAGAGAAGUGGCCUUUUCCUUUGAUGUCGGGAAUGGGCCCUGUGAAGUCACAGUGCAGGCGCCUGGCCCCCUCAAUGACAACCGGUGGCACCUGAUCCGGGCCGAGAGGAACAUCAAGGAGGCCUGGCUGCAGGUGGACCUGCUACCACCCAGGACACACAUGGCCCCCGAGGACGGGCACAUGCGCCUGCAGCUCAACAGCCAGCUCUUUGUGGAACAGGAAGUGAACCCGUUAGGGGCCCGGUUCAGCCUCAGCCAGGCCGGUGUCAGAUCAAGCUGUGGAGAGGUGUGUGGUGGCCUCAGUCCUCCGCCCCUGCCUUCUGCCCUCUGCCACUCGGAGGCUCCUCUGGGCUGCCCCAAAGAGCCACCCUGUCCGGAGACUUUGGAUGUGGCCGGUGGCCAGGAAGGUGGCAGGGAGGCCCUUGUCAGAGAACACACAGCAGCAGGGGCCCAGGAGGGUCCAGACCCUGUGGUGAAGGUGGUGCUCGCUGCAGUGGUGAGUGGGUGA